AUGCUGAUGUACAACUUCCCCGAGCAAUACAGCGAUGCCCUGAGACUUCUCUGUGAAGGUAUGCUUGGCUUCCCUCUGUAAUCCUUAACAGCUGGCAAAAUAUAUUCAAGUGCAGAAACUCUUUACGUACGGUCCUAUUUCUCUUCCGUGUCAGGUUCAAGUAAGCGGACGCUCUGUCUUGAAGUAUGGAACACGUUUAUGUCUUGCAUUGGUUGUGUUCCUUCGACUGAGAAUGAAGUGCAAGGUUCAUCCAAAGAGUUGUUAGGCGAUGAGCAGGUAUCAGUAGUACAGGCAUGGUAAACCAGUUAGGCCUCGUUUCUCAGGGGAUCUCUUUAUUAAGGAGGGAAUACAUUAGCACCGAUGACGUCAUAGACUCAGAGUCACUAAGCCCUAACGUAAUUAUGCAAGUUCUAUUUCCUGUGAUUUCGCCUCAAAAAGGAGGCUUAACUGGUGUACCCUGCUGCUUAAAAGGUGUGGAUUGUGUCAAGUUUAGUUCUGUCGCUCCUAAAGUGCUUAAAAAACGCAGUGCGAAUCCAAGUUUUUAUAUAUAAUAAUCAAUAUUUAUAUUGAUGCAAAGUGUUCUCAAACGUGGAAUUCUUUGGUCAACUUCAACAGGUGUUGGAAACCCUGGACUGGCUGACAAAGUACUUUAGCGGUCAGCGGGCUGAACUGGGAGGACAUGUGACCGGUGGCCUCUACACCAUGUGGAGGCCGUACAUAAAACAGCUUUCUUUUGUGCUCGGUUUCAUGUGCCAACAAAUUGUAGUUAGAAGAGCUGCUGUGGUCUAUGCAAACAGGGGCCAAGGAUUAGACGCAGGUGGGGCUCCUAUUUGUAGUUAUCCGCUGUCUCAGUAGUGGGGCCUCCAAAGAUAUUUUACGUGCAUCUUGUUUAGCUAAUCUUUGGAGUGGCUGUUCACAACAGACAUGGCGCUGAUUUUUAUGCGACAACGUUCUGUAUCUGCAUUGUGGUUUUCUAACCAUUUCUUUGGUGUGUUUAUUAUAGUGUUGACUGAGCUUUGGACGUUGAUCUGUCGCGUGUUUGAACCGUGGAUUUGUUCACAAGACUCUCCUAUUCCAGGGUAAGAUUCAGUUCACUUACACUUGUUACAGUAGUUUCUGGAUUGCUUCAUUAAGUAAUCACCGUGAACAUUAAAGCCUUCAGUUAUAUUCUUCAUGUUCUUUUUUGCAUGUUGCAGUUAAUCAAGCGCAUGUAUGAUAACUUUAUGUGGUGCCCUCGGCCCUAGACUACGAGUGGUCUUCAUUUUCCUCGUCGAUAGUAGAGAGAAUGAAACACCCGAGCGCGCGUUCUAAUCUCCAUCCGCGCGGAAGGUGCCGCGUUUACGUACCGUAAAAUUCCGAAAAUAAGCCCCUCCAUGUAAUAUAAGCCCCACCAAACUCGUAACGCAAAAAACCCUUCGUUAAAUCGCCCCUCCAAAUUCAAGCCCCUCCAAAAAUAAGACUCUCAUAAAGAGGCUUUGUGAAAUAUAAGCCCCGGGCUUAUUUUCGGAAUUUUAGGGUAUUUCGCUCAUUCUUAUCCCUGAAGAAAAUAAUGGACUACUAAUAACUUAUUGACUACCUUCGGCCCCAACGUUUUGAAGCAACUUGCCGAACCUGUCUUUCCUGUUUUGCAGAAAUGGUCCGGUAGCUCCUUGGAAUGAAAGUGAAGUACCUCAGGCUUCAGACAUGGUUACCCUGUUCACUGAUACAUUGGGCUGCCUGCAAACUCAUUUAAAUGGUACGAGUUUGUGGGUGGGGAGGAAAACAAUGCUAGUAGCCAGCAGUCGUCAGAAUAUUGACAUAAGAGUCGUGUAUUUAACUCAUUUUGGAAUUUAGAAAAUCUCUGUAUUUUAAUCCUUUAAACCCCCAAUAUCAAUACACAAAUUCUUCUAACUGGCCUCUGUAAUUUUCGUAAAGUGUAUGUUGGAAGAAGUUGUUGAAAGAGAAAAACAGUUAAGGUGUGUUAGCUGUUUUACGACUUUUUCUGGUUAUGUCCUGAUAUAGUGUGGAGACAUUUGAUAUGAUUGGUCACUUCUGGGGUUUAAUGGGUUAACUGAGAAAUCUUUGGAGUCGCCUUACAAUUUUAAUCGAACAUGUUAGCGUUAAUAAUGACACAGAUGGUUUGAAAUGUAAGAUCUUUCUCCACGCCAGUGAAAGGUGAAAUGGAGAACAGGUGUUCGAAACCGAACUUUUCUUAAAUUAGCUUUAAAUUCGCUAAAACAGAUGUCUACCUUGAUAAAAAUGAGGUCUGCUUCAGUGAACGCGAGUUAAGGAAAAUCUAUAAAUAGUACUUUAAGCAGAUAGCUCUGAAUAACAUCUCUAAUUUUUUUAAUUUUGCUUUUAAUUUUGUAUUGUACUCAGCCCCUUACAGCAGUACGUCGAUGAUGAACAUGUUUUGGAGUUUCUUUGUAACGUCCCUAUCCAAACCGGGAAUUCCUGAUUAUGUUCUACGAGUGUACAACUCCAAGUUUUUUCUUCUUCCCUGGCAAAGCUUUCUCCCCACGCUGCACAACUUACAGCUCAUGCAACAGGUUCGUUUUAAGGUCGCGUUUGUCACGCAUUUCCUCAGUCUCCCGUUCUUUUAUCAGACAUUUUCUUUGUCGCUGUGGUCAACUUUUCUUUCUUUUUCCGUUAGUUGUAUGGCGUGUGCAAGAAAAGUUUUGCCUUUCUUGGUAUCGUGUUUCCUCUUAUGGACUGGAGUAAGAUCAUAUCUGCCUACUGGUAAGAGAUAGAUAAUGUAGUAUCAAUGUUACUUACUGGUAUCGCUGGAGCUUCUGGUGGUUGCGCUCGCGCAAACGACCUUUAUAUCUACUCUAGCUGCCUGAUCGCAGUGUAGAUUCAAUCUAACUGAUAAAUAUUGUCGUUAUUUGUAAUUCUCGUAUUUUUCCCGUCUGGGUGUCUUCGGCUUAGCUCAAUAUCAUGGUGAGCUGAUGCGAGGAAGGAAAGAAAAAGCUUAAGGGCGGGUGAAUGUGACGACCGCGCCCUAAGAAGUUUGGUAUUUUUUCCAGCGUAGUACGAUUUCGCCUUUAUCAUUUUACGUUCGCAUUCUCUUGUGGGAUGGGAGGGAUAUGUCGAUGUCAUUUUAGGGCAGAUAUUGUACAAAAGGUUAGUUAGUGGGAGGUAGUGAGUGGAAAGAAAGAGACAUGGUGUAACUGAAAGACCGCAGAGGUAACGGAUUUGAUUGAUUUUUUUUCAUUUGGUUUAUCAGCGAGGGCCAGACUUCAGAAGCUGUAGUGCGCCUUCACUCAUCCCUGUUUCAUCUGCUUGUAAUCUUCGCCAACGAGAAUGACAUAGUGAACGACACAGUGACCGCAAAGGUGAGUAUUUCAAAGCAGAGGCCUUCGUUGUUAUUGUUUUAGUUUGAUGCGUUUCGUCGCGUUGUUUUACCAAAUUUUGUCGAACUUACUGUAAAAUGAGACUUUGUUCUUGAAAAAGAGUUGAGCGUUGCUAGUAGCAUAGCAAUAGGAAAAUGCAGGGACAAUUUAAAUCUUUAUAGAUAAANAUUUUUUUUCAUUUGGUUUAUCAGCGAGGGCCAGACUUCAGAAGCUGUAGUGCGCCUUCACUCAUCCCUGUUUCAUCUGCUUGUAAUCUUCGCCAACGAGAAUGACAUAGUGAACGACACAGUGACCGCAAAGGUGAGUAUUUCAAAGCAGAGGCCUUCGUUGUUAUUGUUUUAGUUUGAUGCGUUUCGUCGCGUUGUUUUACCAAAUUUUGUCGAACUUACUGUAAAAUGAGACUUUGUUCUUGAAAAAGAGUUGAGCGUUGCUAGUAGCAUAGCAAUAGGAAAAUGCAGGGACAAUUUAAAUCUUUAUAGAUAAAAGGAAAGUGAAGAUUGUCCUGUUUUACCUUCCUGGUACACUAACUCACUGGAUUAUAUAGGUCAUGGCAAAUAUGGCAGUAAUAUCAAAACUUUCGACUGCCGUGGUUUAAAGCACGGUUUGUUCGAAGGCGUGUCAGCUGGGAGACAGUUCGUUCAUCAAAUGAUUAUAAGCGUGUCCAACUUGCUCAUUCCAUCCUUGAAAAUUGUCUGAAUUCUUUAUAGCGCAUUUUCUUCUAGACUAUGAAAAGUAAUUUGACACUAGAGUUAUUUGGCCUUGAAAUAGUUUUGGAAAUGGCUUUAGUAUUUUAAACUAUUAUGUUCAUUUUCGUUUUUUCGUGUAGGGAAUGCCGAAUUUACUGGAGUCUGCACUGAAAUUUCCUUGGCACUACUUGGAUGGAAGGUUUGUACGCGACAAAGUUUCAUACAGACUGCUCUAACAACCACACGCCGACUUUAUUUUUAUGAUGUAAUUAAACAAUGAUUAAACAAGGGAAAAUUUUAUAUGAGAACCGAAACAAUUCCCUUAGCAUUAUGAUACCGCUUAUCUGUGAAUAGUCUUUUCUAAGAACGCUAUUUGCGUGGUUUUCCAGCUUGUUUUGCCGGAGUUAAGCAUGCAGGGAACGUUGACUAUAUUUUCAACGUUUCUAAUAUUUUACAGGUCUUUCGAAGAAGUCGUUUCGUGGCAAGUUUCUCACGGUAAUGCAGAGUUAGUGCUUCAAGAAAACUCCUCCAUUUGGUAUGCCCUAAGGUAGGUAUCACAGGUACAGUCGAAAUAAAUCUUAUAUGUGUUCUACUUGCUAUCUACGCACUGUCGAUAACACAGAGAAAGACAGUUGAUUUAGUCGCAGAUUAAUAAGGGUAAUGUCUUAUAGUUUGGUCCAAUCCAUUCUUUCAAUGACAUCAUCCUCUUACGUCACAUCUGAUCAAGUCGUUUUAUUUCAGAUUAAUCAGAGCUGCUGCGGGGAUCGUGGUCUCGGAAGAUGGUUCAAUGCAGCCUACACGGCCUGUAAGUUCCUACACAUAUUUGCAAAUAAUAAUAUUUCUCCUUAGGAUUAACAUGAAGAGGAUGGGCGAUCGGUGCAAAACAGAGCACGAAAAUAUGUGGUGCGGUGAUUAACAAUUUGCAAGGUAUUACAAAUGCAGGGCUAGGGGCACGGGGACGGGAAGAGUAUGGAGCGAUAGUCUUGUCUAGUCGUCCAGUCUUCGUGUCAACUUCGGAAUUCCUUGGAAGCCUUGAGGGUAUUUUCAAGAUGAUUCGGAUGAUCUUCGGAAAGCUUCAUAGGAACAAGUGGCACAUUGACUGGUAGUCCAAGUCUGCUUCUAUUAAUCUUAGCAUUAACACGAACCUGUACAAAUGUUUCUUGCAGGAUACUGCAGUGAAACGAGCGUCAUACGUCCGCUGUGUUGCGAACCUGUUAAGCCGGUGUUCCACAGACACGAAGCUCAAAGCAAAGUCUUUUGGUCCAGUAAUUCUGUUUGUUCUCAAAGAUACUGAGUCUGUUGCCGGGUCAGGUUAGUGACAUAAAGUUUUUUUUUUGUCCUUGGCCUUAAAAAGGCAUCAAAUGAUAUCUCCUCAGGUCCUCAGAUAGAAUAGUUCGUUGCUAUAAGAACCUGAUGUUAAGAGCAUGUCGGGGUAAAACUGGACAACUUCCGAGAUAAUCUCGUACGGUUAACUUGAACUCUUAAUAGCUCACCAUUCUACAACAACUGACUUUCUGUUACUAUCUCAUGCUUGUAAAGCACGUGUACUUAAUCUGACCCUUUUUCGUGUAUCUUGCCUAAUUAAUCUUCCUUUUUCUUAUAAGAAUUUUUUUUCUUUACAUUUUAUUUUACGAAUCUUAAAUAUCAAUGUUCCGCUCUUUCAGGUGUUGAUCCAGCAAGCACCGCCUCGGAAGUCUGCCUGAUGAUGUGUGAGGAACUCAACCUUUUAAACAUCUGCUCCCCUAUGGGGGAUGUACUGAAAGUCACUUUAGACUUCAUAUUACAGUUCAUCCGGGAAUCCACCUGUACAAUGCUAGUUUUAGCUUCCAUCCCAGCAGCCUGUAGGACCCUGGCUAGCAUCCAGUUUAUGGUUUCUGUUGUAGAGACUGGAAUUGAGUCGUAUUUUAGAAAGCACUCUUCCUCAAAUUCUAUUGAUUCUGGAGCGAAUGCGGACGGGGGCUGGGGCCACAUAGUCCCAAGUGUAGCUGUCCCGGAACUAGCGCAAGAUGAAUUUGUCAACGGUUGGUGCUAUUUCCGUCUUUUGAUUUGUUUCUUUUGUUUCUUUUCGAGCCGAAAAGUAAAUUGGGUGACACCAAUAGGCGGAAGAACAAACGUGUUGUGCAAAAUUAAAGAAAGAUUACCGACGGUUAUGUCCAUCGGGGUCGAUCUUGGUUGGUCAGCGCGUACAAACCAAAGGCCUUGUCGUUCUCAAUCCUCACUUAAAUGAUCGUAAAUGGACAUUUUCGUAAACAGCCGCCAGAGUGGAUUAGUUGAUACGCCGAGAAAUAUCGAUCUCUUGUGGAGAGCUUUGAGCACUUAAGUUUGUAUGCGGUUACAAACAGAAACAGACUCGUGAGGACAGCUAAGUAUCGGCCGUUCAAACUUUCACCUCUUAAAAUGGCCUAUCAAUCUUCAAAUAUCUUAUUGUAGAAUCCUGAAACGUAAAUACAGUCGGCUCCCGAUAAUUCGAACCUUUAAGGGAAACAGAAAAAAGUUCGAUUUAUCGGGAGUUCGAGUUAUCGAGGGUCAAAUUAUAUAGAAAACUAUCUGAAGGGAAAUGUAAAUUGCUUCAAGUUAGCGGCAUUGUACUGUAGUACCAUGCAAGAGUUCCCCCUAAGAAGUUUCAUUUGAAUGUUAACACCUUAGGAUUUCAUCCACAUGUGUAAAAGUGAGAGUGAGAAAUGAUUUCGCCUUAACUUGGUCUAGGGGUAAAAAGGGUUAAAUCUCUUGUUUGCUUUAAACCCGUCACGUUGAAUAACACUUUACUGGUUAACACAGAAAAUUGUUUUAUAUAUUUUUAGAAUGUGUAGGACAGGGUGCGUUGCUUACUCUGUACACAAACAUCCUGCUCAGAUUAUCCACUUGUCAGAGCCCCGUCCAAGAGAUGUCUGUGUUAACUGAUAUAGUCACAUGGUGUACGCACAUUAAAGUCAGGUAGGUUCCGCAAGUGAAGCUUUCAUCGCAUGCUGCCGCCAUCUUUGAUUUUGAAAAAGGAUGAAGCCUCGGGAGAGUAGGUUUUGAAGUCAUCAUGGCAGCCGAUACACGGAGCCCAAACACCCCGUUGCCCCAAGAAAACUGAUACCUGCGCCUUAGAUUUCAAGAAUGACAUAGAAGCAUGGUGACUAGAAAGGACACAAUAAUUAUCGAACACGUUCAGUUUGUCGUUGAAUUUUACUUGUGGCUCAGUUAUAACUAUUUUGUACAAAUUAUUUCGGGGUUUGAAAGUGGUGGCGGUGGUAGUAGACUCCAUUGCAUCACUUUUACUUAGGGAUUGCCUCAGGUGUCAAUAUAGAUAAAUUCAUUUCCCUAUCAAGAUGAAUUUAUUCUUGCAUCACGUUUAUCACCAUUAAUUUUUCAGACGCGAAUUUGAAACCAAGCUUGCUUUACUGUGGCACAAGAUUCUUCAGCUGUCCAUCAGACAAGUUUAUUUCGCUACUGGACCUUUGAAUAAUCUCACUAAACAACUGUCCUUCCUUGCAUCAACUCUUCAUACCUUAGGAGAGGAUAAAGCUUCAUCUGGUUUGCUAGGGGCCAUUGGCUUUGGAAAGAAGUCUCAGCUCAGCGUUAAGUGAGUUGUUAUAUUUCAUUUGUUUAAUAAAAGGAUUUUCUUACGAACACUCCAAGCCUUUUACUCUUUCAUAAAUUGCUAAUAGUGGGUAGCAUAUCACUUGCCAGAAAAGAACUUGAUCGCAACCAAGAAGAGAAAUUUCGAACGCUACACUUUCACUUUUGACCUCAGUGUAGAAAACAUCUGUCUCCGACGGAUUCGAACGCAUGAUCUCCCGACAAGCACUCUGACGCUCAACUGUUUAGCCUCAGAUAGACUCACUGCGGGCUCGGUCAUAAAUGGCAUGCGUCAUAAAAUGCUACAGUCAGCAUUGUGGAAACAGGCUGGCGCAAUGAUAUGUAAUGAAAGGUGGCUAAAAAGUAUGGUUUUACCAUUUCCUUUACGUAUCGUUUCAGAUUCCGAUUCAUGUGCAGGGCGUUAGAAGCAUUUCUGUUGGCACAGAUGCCGUCUAAUUCAUUGUUGAGAUUAGAUGCUAAAGCACCAGGAUAUGUACGAGAACCAAAAAAGGUACACAGUAUUCCCCUUCACCCCCACAAUUUCAGACUGAAAUAUGCGGACAAACUUUGAGCCUGUGGGUUGAAACCUUUUGUGCGGGCAUGUACAUGAAGCCUCGCUGUUAUUUCGUUCCCGUGGCACUGCUUACUUUUCAAAAUUUUGCCAGCGAGAUUUAUUGAAGUCAUUUUGAUUAUGGAAUUCCUGCAGUGUAAAGUGGUUUAUAAAUCAUCGCCUUACUCAGGAGAAGAAAUGCAAGUAAACUUUGUCAAGGUCCGUUAAGCCCCUGCCUAAGUGGCUCAUGUUGUUCGUUAGAUUAAAUUGAUGUAUCAUUGCAUUUGCACUCUCUUUUCCACUGGGUCUCCUCGCUACUUGUGUAAUGCGCUUUGUCUUAUCUGUAAUAUGUUCGUAUCACAUUGUUUCACUAUGGCUUCCAGUGUAUCUCUGUGGCUCAUGUUUCAUCCUAUCUAACCUGACUCCUUUCUAUUUGGAUCGCACGCAGAGGACGGAACGCGAGGGGUGAUGGGAAGGAGGAAAAUGAACCCUCGACCACGCAUCUCUCGUUAAUAUUAUGGACCUUAAGAUCCGAGGACGGCGACCACAUCGUAAACGUCUCUUAAAAGUGAAUUUGCGUGCUCUCAAUCUUCAUCCCGAUUAUCCAUGUCACUUACUCUGUGAAAUGUUGGCGAACUUUUCUGGAGUUGAAUUCCUAAGAACUAUAUUCAAGACAAAAAAUAAAGAGAAAAAUUUCGUAGUUGCUUGUUCACGUCCUCCAUUAAACGUGAAACAAGGCAUUUUCACAUCGCAGUCGUGCAGUGACGGCAAAGAAAUGUGCAGCAUUGCGUAUUUAACGUAUUGCUUAUUUGAAGUUGUCGUUGCCGUCGUCCGAUCUUAAGAUUUGUAUAAAUAGGACACUGACAGAUGACUGCUGCGUAACAGAACGCGAACAAAAUAAAAACAAUUCCGGUUUGUCGAUCGUGGUCCUCCUUCUUAGCAAUGUAGGUGACGACUUCGGCUCGUUCGUGAAUGAUUGGACCUUCGAAAUGCUCAAUCAUUUGUCAUGCGAAGGCUCGCCGAGUAUAUCAUAGAAGCUCAUUCCUUCAUAGCAAAUCCUCUGCAUUCCCUCAUGGAGGGGCCAAAAUUUGUUGUCAAGCUCGUGCAGCAGCUUUUUCCAGAUGAAAGAGCUUUGGAUGUAAUCGGCUUCUACGACGCCCCAACAGCCAAACCUUAA